CUAUUACACAUCUUUUGAUAAUAAGCCCUAGAGAUACACGAUGUAAUGAGCAUGAUAGGAAUGCUGGGAUGCUGGUACAUUGAAAUAUGUUUCGAUGCACCCGACAUGAAUAGAAGACUCACGGAGAGCUCGAUGCACUCAAUAUUGAAUGAAGGAUCAUCAGUAUUGGAGAUGAAAAUAGAAAUACACAAUCGCGCGCGAAUAAAGCAAAGUCGAUGACUGGAUAAUCGUCCACAUAGACGCUUUGAAUCUCUCGCUCGUAUUGAUCUUGCACACCUCCCUAGGCAGAUGUAAAUAUAUCAUCAAUCUGUACAUACCUACCACAUACCUACCUACCUACCUACCUUGGUACGGAACGAAACUUAUAACCAUCUUCCUUUCUUUUUUUCUUUCCCUUUUCUCUUUUCCCUUUUUCCUUUCUCAUUUCUUGCCGUACGCCUGCGUCAAUGCGUGUAAGCCAAUAAUUUGCAGCUGCCCAGUGUCUUUUCUUUUCCAUGCUCAUUAAUAAGAGGCCGACAACCUUACACUUUUACCUGGGGGGUCAUUUCAUCCAAUUCGGCUUCGAAAUCGAGGAUCAUUCCUCUUCCGCUUUCCAUUAUUGCCUCUACCCCUUCCAUCUCCAUUUCUAAUCCCGAAUCAACAUCAACAUCUACCCCCUUCUUCUCCUUCUUCCAUUCACCACCUGUCUACCACCCGUCAAGUAAUCAAUCUCAUAAAAAGCCGAAAAAGACCGUUUAUUGGGGUCACAUUAUCUGAUUCACUCAUCAGUCGUUGAUAUUAAUAUCCAAAAAUCCCCACCCACACCAUAAUAACUUUCUUUUUUGUGGAGGGAGGUAUUACACGAUUCAAUCCGACUCCAUAUUCCAAUUCAAGACCAAUCGGAUAUCAAACGUCGACCUCGUAACAAAAUUCAACAUCACAGCAGAACAUCAUCAAUCCUACCUACCUUCUUCUUGCGCCGUGGAAGUAGUCGUGGUAAUAGUUCUGGCCCUGCGAGGACUGCAUGCACCAAAAUCAAACUUUAACAGGAUCGGCAAUCCAAAGUUUAUCUCAUUAAACUGGUCCCCAGUCCCGUUCAAUCUUCAAAUCGACUUAAUCUCCCGAGCGAGUUCCAGCCCAGAUCCAUCACUUUGCUUGCAUAACCUUGGAAGCUAUCCGUCAAAUCCGCCCGCCCGUCUGGUCUUAUCAACAGCGUCCUUCCCCGAAGAAAAUUAAAAUCGACGAACCAUUACCAUUACCAUUACCGAAUCCAACGCUCGUUCCUUUGAAGAAAGAAGAAAUUUCAACGCUCUUCAGCACUUGACGCUUGACAUUUGACACUAGUUCUGCAGGAUAACUAACCUGGACCGAACUCAUUAAUUUACUUUUGCCUGGUACCAGCGGCGAAUUAAUUAAUUCCGCACCGUUACCAAUAGCUUGCCCAGCCCAUCCCGAUCCCAUCUCAUCCCAUCCCAUCCCAUCCCAUUCUACUGAAACUCAAUUUCUCUUCUACCCUGAUCUCCGAAGCGCUCGCCAGUCACCAAAGUGAUCCCGACAGCAACUGAGAAUCUUUUCUCUCUUUCCUAAACUUUACGUAUUAAUUUUGGCCCUUCAUGAUGUGUUUCGGCAGUAGGGAGGAUGUCGAGGCCAAGAGGUCCAAAGAGAUAGACGCUCUUAUCCACAGAGAUGAGAAGGUUAUGCAGCGACAAGUUAAGUUGUUAUUAUUGGGUGCUGGAGAAUCUGGAAAGUCAACAAUUCUAAAACAGAUGAGACUUAUUUAUACCGAUAAAGGUUUCUCAAAGACUGAAAAAGAAGAAUGGCGCAUUAUCAUCUUUCACAACAUUUUGGAUGGCUUGCGAAUGACAGUGGAGGCAAUGAAUGAUUUCAAUACUCCUUUCGAACACGAAAGCACCAAACAAUACCUUCCAAUGAUCACAGAAGAGAAGGAUCUCAGACCAUGCGAACCAAUUCCUCUCGAAUAUCUCAAAGCAUUCAAUGAUAUGUGGGCAGAUUCGGGUAUCCAGAAGACCGUUGAGAGAGGAAAUGAGUUUGCUCUGCAUGAUAAUUUGGGCUAUUUCUUCGAAGAUUUAGAUCGUCUCUUCAGCAAGGAAUUCGUUCCAACCGAUCAAGAUGUUCUUCGCGCCAGACUAAGAACUACUGGUAUCACCGAAACACACUUCGAUCUCGGCUCAUUGCAAUAUAGAAUGUUCGAUGUUGGAGGACAACGAUCGGAACGAAAGAAAUGGAUCCAUUGCUUCGAGAAUGUCAACGCAUUGCUAUUCUUAGUUGCUAUCAGUGGUUAUGAUCAGUGUCUAGCUGAAGACAAGGAUGGAAACCAAAUGCAAGAAGCUUUAAUGCUUUGGGAGUCGAUUGCUAACUCUCAUUGGUUUAAACACUCCGCAUUGAUCCUCUUCUUGAACAAGAUCGACUUGUUUAAAGCAAAGAUUGGCCACAGCCCGAUUACCAAGUUUGGUUUCUCCGAUUUCCAGGGAGAUACUACAAGCUCGCAACAAACCUCGAAAUACUUCAUGGACAAGUUUAUUGCUCUGAACCGAAGUCCUGGGCGCGAAGUUUAUAGCCAUUUCACAAACGCCACCGAUACCGAUCUCCUUAAGGUCACAAUGAGCUCCGUGCAAGAUAUGAUCAUACAGAGAAACCUUCAAAAGUUGAUCCUUUGAUAAUUAACCUCUGUCUGUUCGGAGCCAAGCCUUCAAGAUUCCCCAUUCCAGAAAAAGCAUGACCCCUCUCUAUCUGAGCAGCACAGAACCCCCGUUAAUAUAAAUACGACCAUCUGCUGCGGUGAAUAUUAGUCCGCCUUAAAAAAUAUCGCAUCGCAUCUGCUUCUGGUCUUUUAUGAGACGUCCCAGCGACGCCAGGCAAACAUUCCAUCUUACACCGCACAUGGAGCAAAUUUCUUUUCACCAAAAUACCCACACACUUUAACCUGUCUUUUUUCUUUUUUCUUUUCUUAAUUAUUUCAUUUGAGGGCAGAUGGGAGAUUAUUCGGAGAAUUUUCGAAUAUAAGAUGGCUUGUAUAAUACAAUCAACGUAUCGAUCAAUUGGAGAUGCAGUCUGCAUCUGUUCGCUGUUCAUACACGAAUUCUCGGUUGAUUAGACAGCUGGCGGUAUCAUGUUUAUCCAUGUAUUUCUCUUCACUUGAGGAUAUACAAUUCAUACAAUUCACAGCCUUGCUUUUAUGCAAUGUCGAACAACAGUGGAGGAGUUUCGCUUGCAUGGAGAGGAGGAAGGAGAGAACAAAGGGAGUUUAAUCUAAUAUUUUCAAGGAUAGGUAUUGACUGAUUGGAACGAGAGAAACGAACUUGGGGAUGGGAUAUAUUUUCGAAUUUUCAUGCAGUUAGUUGGUUGGCCUCGCUUCUCUCUGGUGGAUGUUGGUCUUAUUUUAGAUUUUAUUGAGGGGAAGGGGAAUACGUGGUAGCGGGGAAAAGAGAAUGUUUGGAGUAUGCAUGCCACUGCACGUGCAGGGAGAUGUUAUUGAACGGAGGGUAGUGUGGGAGUGAGUCUUCGGCUGUUGAAGCGAAUGUGGAAGUUUGAGAUAUGAUACGAAGCGAGUGAUUGAUUGAUAGAGAAAUGAACUACAUAACCAUCCAAAUCAUACCCCAUAUAUUACAUGGUUCGUGAUAGCAUAGUUCGUGAUAUGUUAUUCCUCGAUUUCGAUUUGAAC